GGCUCACUCUGGCUUUCCGAGAAGACACCACACAGUCACUGAAGAACUGCAUGAAUCAAAGUUUAUGAUAACAUUCAAAACACAUUUCCAUAUUAAAAAAUGGUGGUCUCUGAAAAUGUAACCAUCAAAUACAACUUUUCAAGCUACGAAAGGGAUGUAAACAUCACCACCUCAAAAGACUCUGCAUUCAAUGAAAAUGUGGACAAGGCUACCCGCUGGGCAUUAAUUGUUAUUCUUUUCAUCACCAUGUUGUCUCUUGGUUGCACAAUGGAAAUCUCAAAGAUCAAGAAUUAUUUCAUCAAACCCAAAGGGGUGGCAAUUGCAGUUGGGGCUCAAUUUGGUAUAAUGCCCCUCACAGCCUUCUGCCUUGCAAAGCUGUUUCAGCUGAGUCCUAUGGAGAGCUUAUCUGUGUUAAUUUGUGGGUGCUGUCCUGGAGGAAACCUCUCCAACAUAUUUGCUCUUGCCCUCGAGGGAGACAUGAACCUCAGUAUUGUGAUGACUGCUUGUUCCACGGUACUGGGAUUGGGUAUGAUGCCCCUCCUGCUCUACCUGUACAGCCAGGGUAUCUCAAACCUGGCAGAAUAUGUUCCUUUCACUAGCAUCACUAUUGCCCUGAUUAUGAUCCUGGUGCCCUGCGGUAUUGGGACCCUGCUCAACUACAGAGUGCCCCACUAUUCUAAGAUCAUCACCCAGAUUGGGUUGGCGCUGCUGCUGAUCUCAUGUGUUGUCAUCGGUGUUCUUGCUGGUAUAUCUGAUGGAGGCAAACUUUUCAAAGUGCAAUCCUAUCAACUUAUAGCCACAGCUGCAUUGAUGCCACUGAUUGGAUUCACAAGUGGAUAUAUAUUGUCCACCCUGUUCAGCAUGAAUGCACCUUGCAGACGGACUGUUUCUAUGGAGGUGGGUUGUCAGAACAUUCAGCUGUGUACCACAAUCCUGAAGGUGGCCUUCCCUGCUGAAUUCAUUGGCCAGCUGUAUUUCUUCCCUGUAAUCUACAUUGUGUUCCAGAUAGUGGAGGCACUUAUCCUCAUAGUCCUGUUCAGAUGCCAUAAGAGACUGAGAACUAUUACAGAAACAAAAGUGUACACAACAGUGGAAAGAGCAGCUGAAGAAACCAAUGGGCCAUCUAACAGCGACAUCUGAGGACCCCAUAGUGCUUAUAAAGCUCAAAAUGGACUCAAGGAAUUUAGGGGGAAAGUACUAUGCAUGCUGGGGCCAUGGGGAAUGAAAAACAAUAUGUAGGAACAACUACGUUUUGUUGUUCCUCCUUAAAAACAUAUGCACGAUGCCAAACAGUUUGAGUUCAGAGUAUGUUAAAAAUAGUUAACCGUAACAAAUAGUUUAUACUUUACUCUACAAAUGUAUUAGAAUAAAUGUAUUUUUAUGGCUUAUUA